AUGGCGUCAUCCACGCUAUCCCAAAUCGGCCUGGCCGGCCUCGCCGUGAUGGGCCAGAACCUCGCCCUCAACAUCGCGGAGAAGGGGUUCCCAAUCUCCGUCUACAACCGCACCACUUCAAAGGUCGACGAAACCCUAGAUCGCGCCCACCGGGAGGGCCAGCUCCCUCUCUCUGGCCACUACACGCCUCGGGACUUCGUCCUCUCCAUCAAGAAGCCCCGUUCCAUCAUCAUCCUCGUCAAGGCCGGCGCCCCCGUUGACCAGACCAUCGCCGCCCUUGCUGCCCACAUGGAGCCCGGAGACACCAUCGUCGACGGCGGGAACGAGUGGUACGAGAACACCGAGCGCCGCAUGAUGGACGCCUCCGCCGCCGGCCUGCUGUACCUAGGGAUGGGGGUCUCCGGCGGGGAGGACGGGGCCCGGUACGGACCAUCCCUGAUGCCCGGCGGGUCCCACCGGGCCUACCUGAACAUCCACGGCAUACUCGAGAAGGUGGCGGCCCAGGUAGACGACGGGCCCUGCGUCACCUACAUUGGGGAAGGCGGAUCGGGCAAUUUCGUCAAAAUGGUCCACAAUGGAAUCGAAUACGGCGAUAUGCAGUUGAUCUCCGAGGCUUACGAUGUUCUGAAGAACGCCGGAGGUUUGGGGAAUGAAGAGCUGGCCGAGAUUUUCGGGGAGUGGAACCGUGGGGAGCUCGAGAGCUUCUUGAUCGAGAUCACGUCCGAUAUUUUCAAGGUGGAGGAUCAAGAGACCGGAAAAGGGCACUUGGUGGAUAAGAUUCUGGAUAAGACAGGGAUGAAAGGGACCGGGAAAUGGACCGUGCAGCAAGCUGCCGAGCUCUCUAUAGCUGCACCCACCAUUGCAGCCUCACUGGACAGUAGGUACAUGAGUGGUCUGAAAGAGGAAAGAGAGGCUGCAGCCGAGAUUUUCAAGAACGAGGGUUUGAAGGAGGAAAUCAACAGCGUGGGCUCCAGUGAUAAGAAGAGAUUGAUUGACGAUGUUAGACAGGCGCUUUACGCGUCAAAGAUAUGCAGUUACGCGCAGGGGAUGAACUUGCUGAGGGCAAAGAGUAUGGAGAAAGGGUGGGGCUUGAAUUUGGGUGAGCUGGCUAGGAUCUGGAAAGGCGGGUGUAUCAUUAGGGCCGUUUUCUUGGAUAGGAUUAAGCAAGCCUACCAGAGGAACCCGGGACUUGCAAAUUUGCUGGUCGACCCUGAAUUUGCUCGGGAGAUGGUUCAGAGACAGGCGGCUUGGAGGCGGGUAGUUGGCUUGGCCAUUCAGAAGGGCAUUAGUGUCCCUGGAAUGUCAGCAAGCUUGCAGUAUUUCGAUACUUACAGGCGUGGGAGGCUUCCGGCUAACCUCGUGCAGGCCCAAAGGGACUAUUUUGGGGCCCAUACUUAUGAAAGGGUUGAUCAGCCAGGGGCGUACCAUACUGAAUGGUCGAAGCUUGCUAGGAAGGCCAAAGUGUAG